GGCGCUCGGCCUCGGCCUCCGCGUUGUAAAAUGGGUGUCUAAGGUGGGUGUGGGGACCAACAAGGCUCCAUCCUGGUUUCCAUGGUCGAUUCCGCUGCUGCGACCGUCAAGUUCAGGCCUGGAGGCCGGGAGUACAGCGUGGUGUCGUGCGAUGAUACACGCCUCUAUCACAAUACCCCUGCUCCAGUCCUUAGUCGUCAGCAAAACCUGGCGGGUUUGAGCUGCCGAAGCCCUACCAAGGUUCAGACCACCCCCCCACCCCCCUACUCCCCCACUCCCCCAGGGACUCCCGAUCUUACUGCCUCCCUUGGCCAGCCUCGACCGCACCAGGUUUACGCCCGCCCACAAGCAGAUAGGUGUGCGGUGAUAACGAAGAUGCGCUCUUCCGCCUCUGAUGCAGAAUUUGAUGCCGUGGUUGGAUAUUUAGAGGACAUUAUCAUGGAUGAUGAGUUCCAGUUACUACAGAGGAAUUUCAUGGACAAGUACUACCAGGAGUUUGAAGAUACAGAAGAGAAUAAGCUUACCUACACACCUAUUUUUAACGAAUAUAUUUCUUUGGUAGAAAAGUAUAUUGAAGAACAGCUCUUGGAACGGAUUCCUGGAUUUAACAUGGCGGCUUUCACUACGACUUUACAGCACCAUAAAGAUGAAGUGGCUGGUGACAUUUUCGACAUGCUGCUCACGUUUACGGAUUUUCUGGCUUUUAAAGAAAUGUUUCUGGACUAUCGAGCAGAAAAAGAAGGCCGGGGAGUGGACUUAAGCAGCGGUUUAGUGGUUACUUCGUUGUGCAAAUCAUCUUCUAUGCCAGCUUCCCAGAACAAUCUGUGGUCCUAGGUCCCACCUCCAGGUAAUGGGCUCUUUCUGGACGUCACCAGCCCAAUGGACUGGGAGAGACUGUGGCUAAUUAUGACAGAAUACACCUUGGACUGACUUUUCUGCAAUUCUUCAUUAAUGUUAAGUAUUGAUGGGUCUAGAAAAUUACCUGACCCUCCUGGGAUACUUUCUUGUCUCCUGAAACACCUUCUUUUUUUCAGUAACGCUAGUACUCCUCCCCGAGUAGAUAUCUUUCCCAGGGGCUUCUAAGUCCAGCGUUCCACCUGGGGGCCCUUCCUAGGCAUACAUGUUGGUAUGUCCACAUUUGGAAGAACCCACUGUCACCAACCCUCUUUUGGCCCAGGAGGCCUUGCAUGUCCCACCAGGCUUUUUGUGUACUCACAGCUUUUUAUAUAGGUCAGAGUUUCAGUCCUGAGCCUCAUUGGGGCUUUGAACUGGGAGUGUUUCAACUAAGGUGUUAUUCAAGCAAGCUGCCUAUGUGAAGAUUUCUGAAGCUCCUACUAUCAUAGCCAGUCUUGGCUGUAGGAAUCAACUUAGAGAUGUCCUUUCCCUAAAAGCUACAUGUGAUCAUCAAUCCCUAGCCUUACAUUUGCAGUCCUUCUGUCACUGUCUUCUGCUGGCCCUGAUGUAGUCACAUUGUUUGUAUAAUUCUCGUUUACCCAUUUUUGAAAAAAUAUUUUUAUAGAUGAAUACUCAGGCUAACCUAGUGGAUAUAAUCUUGGAACUUCCAUGAUUACCCACUUCAAGAUCAAAGUAUUAUAUGCUGUGUGCUUGUUAGUUGUUAGUGCUGUGAGAGCAAAAAUGCUUUCUAGUUGGUGUUCCUGUUUUACUGGGCACCAGUGAACAUGUGCAGUAGUCUAACAGGGAUCCUUUUCCUGUCGCAUGUUAGUGUUUGUGCAGGUUUCCUUAAAACACUUUCUGUAUAAAUCAGUUCCCUAGGCUUUCUGUUGGGGUAGGGGCUCUGAACUUCCUUCUUGCUGUCAGAAUAAUCCUCCCAAGAGGCUGUUCCCCGGGUCUAGCUCAGCACAAGUAGGAGGUAGCAGACAGCUUGACUGGUCAUCUGUCUGCUUGGAUUGAGUAUAUUUGUUUAAUACAAUGUCUAAUAGAAUAUUGCUGGCCAGAAAACGUGGAUGUCACCUCUCUAGAAAGAAAAACCAUAGUAAUUCAAUUCCUGAAGUGUACCUUAUUUUUUUUGCUUUUAUUUUUUUUCAAGUAAACAUAAGAAUCUGUA